UAAAUCAUAUUAUUACUAUAACCGGCCCUUUUGAAAACAUCAACUUCUCACCCUCAACGGGGCCCAAAAACAAAUAACAGAAGUCCCUAUCGCUUAUCCUCACCCUGCAGUCAUUCGGAGCGAACCCCGACAACACAGUCAGAGAAGAAGACGAUACCGACCUUUUGGUUUCUAGGCGCAUACAGCUGAUUCUGGUGAGGAUGUCGUACAGACGUAAGAAUGAAGUGCAUUUUAGCUUUCCUUACUCAGCUGUCUACUCAUCGUGAUGCUUGGCGGCGUUCUGAAAUAAGCUGGCUUCUUCCGUGAAGUAAGCUUCGCCACGCUUGGUAGGGCUGGUAGAUGGAUGUCUUGCGGGUAGGAAGAGAUGAUCUUCUCAGUUCUGUCGGGUGCAGAAAUGACAUGUCAUGUCAUGGAAUUUGGAAGGAUGCAGUUUUGUUUGUAUUCAGUCCUCGCUUGGCGUUAGCGAGCGAAAGUCUGCCAUCCGGGGCUUCGGAAGCAUCAAUCCCAAGGAGCAGUUAUUCCACCCUUCUCCCAAAUGGGAAAUAGCAAUCAUUCGGCGAUACAGCGAUUCGAGAAAUCCAAUCAAAAGAUAAAGUUUCUUCCAUGCAGCAAGACUACCCUAGCCAUGUCAAGACCAGAGCGGGGAUAGCCAAACUCGCAGCCGAGUCAGGCAGUGCACGUUGUACCCACACGACCGGGUACCGAUUCUCGAUCUCUCGCAGCAAAAGCCCAUUUCUAGUGGCUACCUGAUUCCGUCAAAUCUACUCCCGUCUGCAAUGCGCAUGCAUAGUCAUCCAUCCGCGAGUCUCGGUAAAGAAGAAAACGUAGCUGCAGGGUGUGUUAAUCAGCUUCUUGGCAUGCACUCCAGCCUCGACCCACCUAUCGUAACAAGGGUGUUGCUCGAUUUAUAUCCUCAAAAGGACGUUGAGAUGGAAAAUUGAAGUUCCACAGAUUACGUGCUCUGCAUCUACUGGGACGCCUGACAGCCAUUUUCAGCCCUGUGGGCAGGGAAGUGUGUUGUCUUGUGGAGCUAUACAUGACUUUGAUGGUCUUUCACGAUAAGUCCAAGAGCUUGUGUGCUGCGGGUAUGGGGGCUGCUCAUAGGAUACUGGAAUGUGUUACACGGCGAAGAAAUGCUUCAUAUAGCUGAACACAUUUCGCUGACUGUUCAAUUUCCUCGAUGCAAAGCACUUCUCUCGUUACUCCAAAGCAUCUCACAACAAUCAGUAUAUUAGUACUGCAACACUCAAAUACUCAUCAUGGAUCAAGAUUGCGUCCAAUUCGUUCCCUUCUCUCACUAUGACUGGACAUUCGCUCGCCAAGGUUGGCUCCCCUGGAACCCAACAGCGUUCUGCCUCAUCGCCUCCGUCUGCGCAGUCGCAUACUGGAUGAGCAUCGAACUCCUCCUCCUCGUCUACGUAACCUUCAAACGCCACACCGGAAUCUACUUCUGGUCCAUCAUCAUCACCACCCUCGGAAUCAUACUCCAAACCACCGGCUACAUCCUCAAAUCGUUCGAGAACAGCUGGCCUGUCGUGCUAGUUGCCAUUAUCUGCAAAAUCGGGUGGGUGGCGAACGUAACUGGAUUUUCCAUCGUGCUUUGGUCACGUCUCCAUCUCGUGGUUCGAAGUCCGAGGAUCCUGAAAUGGCUACUCGUGAUAAUACUUGUUGAUGGAUUGGUUUGCCAUACGCCUGUUGUGGUUUUUGAAUUUGGACUCAUGACGAGACAUCAUGAUACGUAUUACCGACCCAUGCAAAUCAUGGAGCGGAUCCAACAAACUGUCUUCACACUGCAAGAAACUGCCAUGUCAUGCCUAUAUAUCUACCACACCCGCAAAUUCCUCAAGAUCGGAUAUCCAUUGCAGACUCGCAAAGUGAUCGGGCUCCUCCUGAUUGUUCAACUUCUUGUCAUUGCGCUUGAUGCGGUGUUGACGCUGUUCGAUUACACGGAUAAAUUCACGCUGAAAUGCACGCUCCAUCCACUCGUCUACUCCAUCAAACUCAAGCUUGAAUUCAUCGUUCUGAAUCAGCUUCAAUCUCUCGUCAAAGGGGGGUUGACUCCAGGUUUGGGUUUAGGCGCUGCGGAGAUUGUCCAAAGAGAAGCGAAGUUCAACCAUGCCUCGCCAUCUUUGUCACAGUCUCCAUCACCGUCUGCUUCUCCUCGGGUCGCGACACCUCAGGAUCAGAAUCAGCAAGGACGGAAUCCGAAACCAGCGCCGAGGUUCGAGACAGGGUUUGUUAUUAAAGCUGGAAGAAUGGAUAUCCUUGAGGUGGGGCUGGGACAAACUAGUCCGGGAGAGUCUAUGACGGAUAGUAUUGAGAGUGAAGGGGAGAGGAUAGGUAAGAGAGCAAGGGAUUCGGAUCAGACUUUGAUGGGUGGGGAAGAGGAUGCUGAAGAGCAUGAUUUGAAGAAUGUAGUUGGGAGGGCGGAUGAUUUGGUGGUGGAGAGGGAGGAUGAUAUGGAGAGGCAAUAUCUGGGGAGAUGGAGUGGUGGGCGGCAGAGAUGAAUGGGCGAGGCAGGUGUUGGAGCGGAAUAUGGUAGUUCAGCGUGACUUCAAUGGCAAAUAGAGUCUUGGGGAUGGAGAUAGGGCGUUUGGGAUGUACUUGGCAGCUCAACCUAGUUAUACCGAAGAUAGCUUUGAUUUGAAAUUAAAACCCCUUUUUGAUGACAUCGACUCGGCGAAA